AUGGACUUUUGCCGACUAUUACGCGACGAGCGUCGACGUGCCCGUGAGGCUACUGCUCGAACGCAUACGCCGAUCGUUGAGUCGAAAACAACCGAAAAAGUCGCGCCGGUCAAAGAGCCGCGUAUAAACUCGGUACACCAUGAUCCAUUAUUGAGAGUGUGGAAUCAAAGGUCAGUACAGCCAAUUGACCUGGAAACGUUCCGGCGAGGUCCGAUUCGUGGAGUGUAUUACAUUCCCGAUUGGAUAACGCCGGACGAGGAGGACGCUAUUUUAGAACGGGUGUAUACAAUCCCGGACGACAGCGAGAGUUGGGUACAACUGAAGCACCGCCGUCUGCAAAUGUGGGGAGGCGAAGUCAAGAGUCCGUUUGAAUCCACGCCACUGCCUCAAUGGCUCACGCAGAUCUGUCAGACACUAGUGGGUGUGGGGAUCUUUGGUGAAGAAAAGACGCCCAACCACGCACUGAUCAAUGAAUAUAGAGUGGGGGACUGUAUACUGCCGCACGAGGACGGACCGGCGUAUUUCCCAUUAGUUGCCAUCCUCAGCACAGGCGCGGACUGCCGUGUCACUUUUGAGCCACAUCGUGCAGCCAGUUGGAGCCACUCGACUCAGCACUCGACCUUCCAGCUACAACGUCGCAGUCUCCUCGUGUUCACGGCUGAAGCCUAUUCACGCUACUUACACAGCAUCGACAAUGUCGAAAUGGGUACACGCGUUUCCCUCACACUUCGCCACGUCGAUCUCUAA